CAAAAUAACCUGUACAUGUACACACGGAUAAUUUUAUACGUUGUACUGAGUAUAUUUUACGGGGGAUAAUUUUAUACGUUGUACGGAGUAUAUUUUACGGUCACUUGGAGGAGAAGAAAACUUUCUCUUCUUCUCAUCUCAAGACUCUGAAAGUCGCUCGCUCAAUCUGAUCUCCAUGACGAAGCAGCAAGCUAACUGGUCCCCUUACGACAACAAUGGAGGAACAUGCGUGGCGGUAGCCGGCGCGGAUUACUGCGUGAUUGCGGCGGAUACUCGGAUGUCCACUGGCUACAACAUUCUCACUCGCGAUUACUCCAAAAUCAUUAAACUAGCGGAUAAAUGUGUGAUGGCCUCCUCAGGGUUUCAAGCUGAUGUCAGAGCUUUGCAAAAGGUCUUGGCAUCCAGGCAUUUGACCUAUCAACACCAGCACAAUAAGCAGAUGAGCUGCCCUGCUAUGGCUCAGCUACUUUCAAACACCUUAUACUACAAACGGUUUUUCCCUUACUACUCUUUCAAUGUCAUUGGUGGCCUUGAUAGUGAAGGCAAAGGGUGUGUUUUCACAUAUGAUGCUGUUGGAUCAUAUGAGAGGGUUGGUUACAGUUCUCAAGGUUCUGGUUCUACAUUGAUCACACCUUUCUUGGAUAACCAGCUGAAGUCUCCUAGCCCGCUCUUGUUGCCUGCCCAGGAUGCUGUUACUCCCCUCUCUGAGAGUGAGGCUGUUCAUUUAGUGAAGACAUGUUUUGCAUCGGCAACCGAGAGGGAUAUUUACACUGGUGACAGGUUGGAGAUAGUGAUAUUGAACUCCCAAGGGAUUCGCCAUGAAAACAUGGAGCUUAGGAAAGAUUGAGAUUUGGUCAAUGAUCUAUCUUUUCACCCUUUGUGUACCCUUGUGUUCAGAAUGCCUGCCAGGAUACUCAUAUUGUCUUUUCAAAUUUUAUGGAUGUGCUUGUAUUUAGGUUUUAAUUUAAACUACUUUCUUAGGAUCAUAAAAAUGGCAAACAGACUAUGGUUGUUUGGUUGAUCAACUGUCUCUAUGCGUUUUUAACAUGAAAAUGCAUGCUGAAGAAUGGGGAGUAAGCAUGUCAAUCUUCUAAUUAUCUUUCAUUCUUGAUCAAUAUUAUUUGUUAGGAAUUGGGGAAAAUGCAAAUUUACGAGGACAUGCACAUAAGAUGAUUUUUUUUUUGCACU